GUGAGAGGGGGCGGGGCUUCCUCGUCACCGCCCAUCAGUAGCUGGUCAAGAGGUCUGGGUGUCCCUUAACGUGAUCCCGGUUCCCGAUCGUGCAUAACAACGUGAUACUGGGUUCCCGGCCCACAGCCGACUGCGGGUGGCUUGGCGCUGCGGAGGAUCGGGAGCGCACGAGAUCUUACCCACGGCUGCCAGAAGGGUCUCCCUAGACCGAGGCGCGGAAACGGGGUGCCCCGGCCUCCCGCCCGCUGCUGGCCCAUUCUUCGCGGUAGCGAACGCCGUGCGCCCGGCGCGAUGGGUGCCAACGAGGACCAGGAGAUGGAAUUAGAAGCUUUACGAUCUAUUUAUGAAGGAGAUGAAAGUUUCCGGGAGUUAAGUCCAGUUUCAUUUCAAUAUAGGAUAGGUGAAGACGGCGAUCCCAAAGCCUUCCUGAUAGAGAUUUCCUGGACGGAGACAUACCCGCAAACACCUCCCGUCAUCUCUAUGAACGCCUUUUUUAACAACACCAUCUCCUCGGCUGUAAAGCAGAGCAUCUUAGCCAAGCUGCAGGAAGCAGUAGAAAUAAAUCUGGGCACGGCCAUGACCUACACCUUGUUCGAGUAUGCUAAGGACAACAAAGAGCAGCUCAUGGAGAACCAUCAUCCUGCCAGUUCUACAACAUCUGUAGCCAGUAUCAUCUCUGUUGAAACUCCCAGCACAGCCCCAUCAAGUAAGAAAAAAGAUAAGAAAGAACAACUUUCCAAGGCUCAGAAACGCAAGCUGGCAGAUAAAACAGAUCACAAAGGGGAACUCCCUCGAGGCUGGAACUGGGUUGACGUCGUGAAGCAUUUAAGCAAAACUGGCUCUAAAGAUGAUGAAUAGCAAGCAUCUGCAACCAAAGCAAGAACAGCCUCUGAAAAGCAGCCGGGUUCAGCAGCUCUCCUUACUUUACUGAGUGGCUUUUUUACAGGACAUUGUUCGUUUGUGUGUGUCUUGAAAAAUGUAAGUGGAAAGUCCAUGAAGAGCUUUGGUUGUAGUAAAUUAUUUUCACAAACUUGCCUUAAUAAAAGGUCAAAGUGUAA